AUGGCGCUUUUCUUUCGAAGACGCUUGGCUGCCCUCGACCUCGACACAAGCGAAUCGUUUGACUGCUUCGAUGCGAUUGGGCACGGACUGUACCAGCAGCGCCUGCUCUUUCUCACUUUCGUCCUCACGUUCCUCGUGCACGCCAACAUACUGUCCUUCCAUCUCAUAUCGGGCGACGUGGACCACUGGUGCCGGCCGCCUGCUGACUGGACUAUGUCCAUCGCCGCCUGGAGGAACUCGGCCAUUCCUCUGGAGGCGGACGGCAGACCCAGCCAGUGCACCGUCUACAAAAAUCCGGGCGACCCGAACGACACCGACGUGGUCACUUGCGACUACUGGGACUACGAUCCGAAGAACGAGAAAAGAACCAUCGUGAGCGCCUGGAACCUGGUAUGCUACCGGCGGCAUCUGAUCGCGGUCAUACCGCUCGUGCACAUCACCGGUUCCGUCGUUCUGCCCAGCAUUGCCGGCUACCUGGCGGACUGCGUCGGUCGCCGGCCCGUGCUCCUGGUGUCUGCCGCCGCGCUCAUUGUGGGCACGUUGGGCGGCUGCUUUGCCGACACGUACGUCGUGUACGUGGUGAUGAGGUUCGUCAACUACGGCUGUUCGGGCGCGGCCGCCCUGAUGUCCGGCAUGCUGGCGUUCGAGGCGACCAGGCACGAGUACCGAACGACCUACACUGUUGCGGUCACACUGUUGGCCGUCUUGCACUCCGAGGUGUGGUACGACAUGGUCAGGCAACUCAGCCUCGAAAGGUUCCUGCUGCAAGCGAUCUUCCUGGCACCAACCGCCUUCGCGUUCAGCACGUUCUGGUUCGCCGACGAGUCUCCGCGCUGGCUCAUCUUUAGCAGAAACAUGGCGUCGGCGGAAGCAGUCAUGCUGGCGGCCGCGAAGAUGAAUAACGUUCCGCUGCCCACUACGGCCUGCCUGCUAAACAAGCUAAAGGCGGAGUUGUUAAAGAGCGAGGAGCGUCUGCGAACGACGACGGUGUGCGCCGAAGACUCGUGGGCGAAUUACAUACCUGUGCGAGCGGCCUUUAUGUUCGUCCCAUAUUUCUCUGCCGCAUUCACGUACAUUGUGCUGCUCCAGUCGUCACUGAAGACUCCCGACUCGUGGGCCCGCUGGUUGUCGCUGCCCACCAACAUGCUGACGACUCUGCUCGCAUACACACUGAUAGGUCGGGUAAAGCCUCUGGAGCUGCUCACACGGAGCUGCGGUCUCCUCGGUGGCCUCGUCUGCCUCCUCAGCGUGACCAUCGGGGGCCCGCUGGCGGAGCUCGCCCAGUUGUUCUUCAUCCCAGCUGAGGCUUUAGCACUGGCGGUCAACGUUUUGGCGGGUGUCUGUGUGUGCGAGGUGUUCCCGACUCCCGUACGUGGGACUGCAUUGGGCUGGGGCUUCGGCAUCGGCAGAGUGGGCGGCGUCGGCGCCACGUUCGCGUCGGUGCUGAGGAACGUCGGUCGCGAGGAUGCCGCGUUCGCCAUCGCGGCGUGCCUGUUGUUCCUCUCGCUGGCAGCGCUUAUGCGGAUGCCGGGGAAAAACACGGGCCCCACGAUCAACCUACGAAGGAUCUCCGGCGCACGCAGCCAAAACCUCGAUCACAUGAAGAUGACGCUGGAGCCGCAAGAUUUCCGAAAGCGCGACAAGACACGAACCAGCUACGACAGUAGAAAGUCAAGCAUUUCGAAUUCCUCUCGAAAGCACAGAAACAUUUCAGACUCUUAG